AUGUACAAGCUUGUACUCUUUUUAGUAUCGACAGUCGUCGCCGUUUCGGCUAUCGAUGGUCCCAAUUUCGAUCUCUGGUCGACAAUCGACUGGUCAAUAGUGCGUACUCUGCGAGAGACAGACAAAUUCCGGGCUCGAUUCGGAUUGGCUCCGCUUAGUGAUGAUGAAAUCCGCCAGUCGCGUAUCACCGGAGGAACCAUUGCCACGCCUACCGACAUCCCAUGGGCUGCUGGAGUUCUGAUCCAUGGAGGAACCUCAGGACACAGCUUCUGCAGCGGUACGCUGAUCUCCGCACGGUUUGUUCUGACUGCAGCUGAAUGCGUUCAAGGCGAAACUAACAUCGCCGUCACUUUGAAUGCUGCCAAUAUGGCCAGCAUAGGAACGCUGAUCGCCGUUUCGAACGUGUUGAUUCACUCCGGCUACAGUUCGCUUCUAAAUAGAGAUAAUCUUGCCCUUCUAACCCUGAGCCAAGAAGCCCCCGUCGAUGGAUCAACGAUCCAACCUGUUUUGAUGCCACGUCGCUCAGAUGCGAGUUUGUCCUUCAACAAUUGGUCAGCAACGACAGCCGGCUGGGGCAAUACUGGAAACCGUGACAACGAACCCAUUCCGACACAGUUCUUACAGUUCGCUGUAGAUAGCGUUACGUCAAAUGCCGCAUGCCAGCUGUCGUACACCUGGAUCAGAAGUACCCAUAUCUGCGUAAACACAAACAACGGUGGACCAUGCGAUGGCGACGAAGGCGGUCCCGUGACAACUCGUGAAGCAAACCGAAUUUUCCUGAUUGGCAUUCAUUCUUUCCACUUCAGCUUAAUUCGUGGAUGCGAUCGGGGUCGUUCGGCCGUUCAUACCCGCAUCACCGAGUAUCUUGAUUGGAUUGAAGAAAACACUGACGUAAUUGUUCCAGCAUAG